AUGGAGGGUGCGGGCGGGAGGCCCGGGCCCGGGCCCGGGCCCGGGCCCUCCCCACGGGGGGCCUUCUUUUCCUGCCGCUGUUUUUACACCGACAACAUCUUCCUGGAAGAUUUCAGGCUCCACGUCCGCUCGACGGAGCCACAACUGGAAUCUAUUUUAAGAAGCAAGGGAUGCAAGACCGAAGAACAAUUCAGAAAGGUUCAAGCUAAGAUUGAUGAAGAAGUUCAGAGAAGAAAGUUGCUCCAUCAGGAAAGUUUGGAGAGAAGAAGCAUUAUUUCUGCAUGUUACAAGCCACUGAAUCCUGCAGUCUAUGUUUUACAGGAAUCCUUCCUUGCUCCGGAAUUCCAUGAAAUAGUUGCCUACUGCAGAAGUGAGGAUGCUGACUUUGAAGGAUUGCUGGACCGCAUUCACUCACUGCCAGCUGAGAGAGUCUAUUCAAUCCCACUAUUCACUGAGCAAUUCUGUGGUCAGUUGAUUCGAGAGCUGGAGAAUUUUGAACAGUCUGAAAUGCCAAAAGGCAGACCCAACACCAUGAACAACUAUGGGGUACUUUUAAAUGAACUUGGAUUUGAUGAAACUUUUAUUACACCGCUGCGUGAGGAUUAUCUUCAGCCAAUCACAUCACUUCUUUACCCAGACUAUGGAGGUUGCAAGUUGGACAGUCACAAAGCAUUUGUUGUGAAAUAUGCUGUAAAUCAAGACCGGGAUCUGUGCUUCCAUUACGACAAUGCUGAAGUCACUCUCAAUGUGUCACUUGGGAAAGACUUUGGUGAAGGGAAUCUCAGCUUUGGAGACAUGAGACAGAUUCCAACAGAUGAGAGAGAGUGUGUGGAGAUACAGCACAGACUGAGUUAUGGAUUGCUGCACCGAGGCCAGCACUGUCAUGGAGCUCUGCCCAUCUCCUCAGGUGAACGCUGGAACCUCAUCAUAUGGAUGCGGUCAUCUCCAGUUCGUAAUGAACUCUGCCCAAUGUGUAACAAGAAGCCAGAGUUAAUGGAGGCAACUGGAUUUGGGGAUGGUUUCACUUCUGAGCUAUCGGAAGUCUGGCAGGAGCAUCAAGAGAAAGUGAAUGUCUGCACCUUGAGUUAGUAAAUUGUUAGCAGUGUGAGGUUUGUUCCUGCUCUCCUCAACAGUGAGGUUCAGCCUUUGGCUGAUUCAUAGUCAUUGCCAGAGAAAGAAACUCAUAUAAUUGAUCAAUUGUACAAAAUAUUCAUCUCAUUUCUUUAUUUCAAGCAGCAUCUGUCAAUUUUCCUGUAAUAUUUGUGUGGGUGUGUGUCUGUGUUUGUAUGGGUGUGUGUGUGUGUGGGUACGUGUCUGUGUCUGUAUAGGUGUGUGUGUGGAUGUGGGUGUGUGUCUGUGUUUGUAUGGGUGUGUGUGUGUGUGGGUGUGUGUCUGUGUCUGUAUAGGUGUGUGUGUGCCUGUAUGGGUGUGUGUGGAUGUGGGUGUGUGUCUGUGUCUGUAUGUGUGUGUGUCUGUAUGGGUGUGUGUGUGUGUAGUUUAAGGAUAUGUGUCUCCACAAUGUUUUAUUUCUUGCAAUUCUGAAUUGAGGGAGUUUGUUGCUUUCCUCUCCUGUCAACACUCAAUUUGUCAGACUUUUGGUGGGUGAGAUAAUUGAUUGUGGCUGAUUUACCAUUCCCCUGCAAAGGUGAUGGGACAAUGUCCACUUCUCUCUGACACCUGGAUUUCACUGUUAGGAUAUUAAUAAAAGGUAAAACUAGUUUGGAGUACAGGAGGUGGACAGGAAUUAGAUACCAGAUAAGUGAAGUAAAUCACAAAUCACAAGGUACUCAAUCUAGUGAGGUAAUCUCAUGUUCCCACUGGGAUUUUGGUUUCCUCCGGGGAUGACCUUGUUAAAUAUCCAGGCAAAUUGUCAUUGUGCAAAUGUAAAAUCAUUUCGAAAUUAUUGUUUGCAUUUUCUAACAUCUGAUGAAGAUUGUUAGAGCUGUAAAUGCAAUACUUCACAAUGUCAUGGUUCUGGGACUAGAUUGCAAGUUGUGAAAUUGGCGUCAAUAAAUCUGAUUUAAUAAAAGGA